GUACCUACCUACCUACCUACCUAAUAACCGAUCAAAUAUCUACAUACCUCAGGGUACUUGCAAGGCCGUUCACCUACCUACCUACACGAUGAAGCGCCUCCUCCUCACCGCAAGCGCGGGCUUCGUGGUGGCAGCAACACCCUUCUCCUCCUCCCCCCUCAGCUUGACCUCGAGGAACCCCGCGAAUGCAUUUCUAGACCCAACAUCAGCAGACCUACCCGCCACCCUGUCCUGCCCAGCCUCAAGCUGGCCCCCCACCACCCUCGGCGGGCCCAACCUACCUCAGCCACCGUCGCCAGACCUCGAAGCCAUCCUCGCAGAAGUGUCCGCCGCGAACAUCGAGGCAACGAUCCGGAAGCUCGUGUCCUUCGGCACGCGACACACGCUGUCGACGCAGAACUCGAGCACGCGGGGGAUCGGGGCGGCGCGCGACUGGAUCCGGGACGAGUUUGCGCGGUACGCGGCGGCGAGCGAUGGGCGGUUGAGUGUGGAGGUGCCGGGGUACGUGCAAGAAGCGGAUGGCAAUAGGGUGCCGUUCGCGACGCGGAUCAGCGACGUCGUGGCGACGCUGCGGGGGACCGAGGAGAACCGGCUAUACGUCGUGUCGGGCCAUUAUGAUUCCCGGGUGUCGGACCCGCUGAACUACGAGGACGAUGCGCCGGGCGCCGAUGAUGAUGCGUCGGGCGUCGCGGUGUCGCUGGAGCUGGCGAGGAUCAUGGCGAAGCCGGAGUACCCGCGCCCGAAGGCGAGUAUUGCGUUCGUGGCGGUGGCGGGGGAGGAGCAGGGGCUUUAUGGAGCGCAGUUUUUGGCGAGGACGUAUGCGGAGGCGGAGACGAGGGUUAAUGUCGAAGGCAUGUUCACCAACGACAUCAUCGGCUCGCCCCGCGGCGGCACAGACGGAGAAUUCUACUCGCCGAACGUGAUCCGGCUCUUCGCGCAGGGCCUGCCCCCCCUCGCCGUCGAGAACUCCACAACCCGCGAAACCCGGCUGACGAUCGGCGGCGAGAACGACUCCCCGGCGCGGCAGCUAGCCCGGUUCGUGAAAGAGGUGGCCGAGAACGCGGCCACGGGCAUGAACGUCUCCGUCGUGUACAGGCUGGACCGGUACCUGCGCGGCGGGGACCACCGCCCCUUUCUGGAAGCGGGGUACCCGGCCGCGCGCUUCACCGAGCCGCACGAGGACUAUAGGCACCAGCACCAGGACGUGCGCGUGGAUGCCGACGAAGGCGUGCAGUACGGCGACCUGCCCGAGUUCGUCGACUUCGAGUACGUGGCGCGCGUGGCCCGCGUCAACGGCGCGGCGCUGUGGAGCCUGGCGACGGGCCCCGGGACGCCGCGCAACGUGCGGGUCGACACGUCGGCGCUGAGCUCGGAUACGACGCUGUACUGGGAGCCGCCGGUGGCGGGGCAGGAGGGGGGCAGCUAUGAGGUGGUGUGGCGGCCGACGGGGGCGCCGUUCUGGACGGGGGUGUUGGAUGUGGGGGACGUGGGGGAGGUCACGCUGCCGCUGAGUAAAGAUGAUGUGGUGUUUGGUGUUCGGGCGAAGGGGGCAGAUGGGUUGAGGGGGGUGGCGGUGCUGCCUUUUCCGAGGGGGAGGUAGGUGGGUUUGUGUUAAAGAGGUGCAUACUACCUAUGUACCUACUUAACAAAGGGGUUUUCAUAUUGUUCGGAGUAUAAAUGAAACAGCACGAAGCAACAUGUUGUGAGAUGUGGCCGUUGCCAUGUUGAACCGGGUCCGUGGUGUUGUGUUUUAAGCCGUUGAGUAUUCCGAAGGUGCCCAGGUUAUAGAUGCCUCGGCACAUGUAAUAGUGUUUCAAUGUUCCUUGGUGGUUAAAUCAUACCCCGUAUUCCGCAUAUACAUGUACUACUAGUAAUUAGUACUACUACGCACAUACAUGUAUGUAUCCCGUAUCUGCCGCAUGGAACUUCAAACGUUAAAACGGUCUCUUUUCAUCUCAAUCCCACCUAUCAUUUCACAUGUCAC